GCACUUGAGGUACCCCUUUAAAGUAAGUGUGUGGACUACUUGCGGCAUUUUGAAGAUGAUCAACUACAGCAAGUGUCACUCGGUGCUUAUCACGGGCGCGGGCAGGGGUCUCGGACUGCAGAUGGUGAAGCAGUUGGCCGCUGCGCCGGAAAGACCAAAAAAUAUCAUCGCAACCGCCCGGAAUCCAGACGAUGCUGUGGAACUGCAAAAACUCGCCAAAUCGCAUCAAAGGAUUCAUGUCAUAUCGCUAGAUAUCACCAGUGACACCAGCGUGGAUGCAGCAGCACAAACCGUGGAAUUUAUCGUGGGUGCUGAUGGGUUGAACUGCUUAAUUAAUAAUGCAGCAGUUAACAUCUCCAGCGAUCUAAACACAGUAACUCGAGAUGUCAUGAUGAAAACCUUUGAGAGUAACACAGUGGCUCCUCUUUUUGUAACCAAGGCCUUUUUGCCAUUGUUGAGAGGGGCGGCAGCUCAAGGGAGUGGCAUGGGCAUACACAGAUCAGCAGUGAUCAAUGUGUCCUCUGUUCUGGGAUCUGUGCAGCUCAACUGGGGCGAGGGAGCGAGCUUCAAGAGUUACGCUUACAGAGCUUCAAAGUGUGCCCUGAAUAUGGUUACAAGGUGUUUGGCCACUGAUUUGGAAGAAGAGGGAAUCUUGUGUGUAGCCCUUCAUCCUGGUUGGGUACGCACGGAUAUGGGUGGACCAAUGGCACCUUUGAGUCCAGAGGAGAGCAUAUCAUCCUUAUUGAAUGUAAUUUCCGGAUUAACAAAGAAGGAUCAUGGUGGAUAUGUGGACUACACUGGGAGCAAUUUACUCUGGUGAUCUCCAUAUUGUGUUGUGUGUGGUGUGUGUGUGCGUGCUUGUGUUGCAUUGUACAAGUGCCAAUGCCAGACUGCUGAUGAACUAAAAACAGCCUGCAGGAUUAAUUAUUCAUGAAUUCCUUGUUUCCACCUGUGUUGAAGUGUCCUUGUAUGCAUGUAUAAAAUGUGUGUACAUGCAUAUGUGUCUAUACAGAAAUAAAAUAGUGCUUUUGGGAAAAAAAAAAAAUAAUAUCAUGUCAGUUUUAUAAAAAUAUAAAGUUAUAUAGAAAACCAAUUUCUUUUUCACCUUUCAAUCAAAGGUUGUGGUGCUGAAUAUUUUAUAUAUAUAACUAUAUACUGUUUGUUACCUGUAAGUAAUAGUCUGUCAUGGUUGUUGCCUUUUCAUGAAUAUAAAAAUAAAGACAAACAAUAGGGUGAGUGGA